GCAGCGUGCCUUGUAUGCACCGUGCAUAACUUCAACACUCCGACACACACUUUCACAGUGCGAUCUGGACUCUACAUUGAACAGAUUAUCGGACCGGUAUCGUUAAUCAUGGAUUUGAAAUACUUGGCGGUUAUGGCUGUGCUCGCUGUGGCGACAUACGCUCCUUUCUCACAAGCUAAACCCAUCAGUCUGGUGGAGAGGUGUUGGUGUCGUUCUACAGUUAACACCGUCCCCCAGCGCAACAUCCGAGAACUGAAGUUCCUGCACACACCCAACUGCCCCUUCCAAGUGAUUGCCAAGCUGAAGAACCACAAGGAGGUUUGUAUCAAUCCCGAGACCAAGUGGCUGCAGCAGUACCUGAAGAACGCCCUCAACAAGAUGAAGACAUCCAAGCAGACCAACUAGAGAGCCUGCAGGAAGACCUACCAACAGACAUGUAACAUGAGACGUGUAGGUUGUAAUAUGUAACAUGUACUCUCCCGUCACGCACGCUGAACAGCACUUAUCCUGUCCAUCGCGGAACCAUUCAACCCACGGCUUUCCAAAACCACCACCUUAUAGGCACUAGCGCCAAGUGCAAUUAUAUCUGUGUGAGUGUAUGUUUUUAUCAAUGAUGUAUAUACCAUUUUUUAUUAUCCUAUUUCAUCAGUAAAGAGCAAUUUUUUGUUGCUGUUUUGGCCA